AUGCCCGACAGAAGAAGUAGCGGACAGUCCCAAAAGGUUGACGUCACACAUGAGGCUCGUUUACUAGUCGACGAAGCUGGGAGCCACACGAAAGCUGGGAAUCAUGACAAAGCUUUAAAAGCUUACAAUCAGGCUUUAGAGCUGAAUCCAGAUGAGAAAAAUGCUUUGGUAGCCAGAAGCCGCUGCCACUUGAUGUUAGGACAACCACGAUUAGCUUUGCAAGAUGCUGAGGCUGCAUUAGCUUUACAUAAAGACUAUAUAAAGGCUGUAUAUCAAAAGGCAGAAGCUUUGUAUCAUCUAGGAGAGUUUGAACACAGUUUAAUGUAUUAUCAUCGCGGAUUGAGAGCUAGACCGGAUCUUGAAGGAUUUCGUCUAGGAGUACAAAAAACUCAAGAGGCUAUAGAAAAUACCAUAGGAGCCGUUUCUAAGAAGAAAAGUUCAAGGUACAAUACAAUUAGAUCUUAUAUUACACUUCACUUAUGGUUAAGUAAGAUGGAAACCCCAUUGCCCAGCUCUGCCUUUGCAUCUGAAUAUCCAAUGAGCAAUGCCGAUAGUCCAUUAUUGAGAUUGGAUGAAUCCAUGAGAGGUUCGCCAAGCGCGUGUCUUCCUACUCGACCAAAAACGUGCGUUCGCAGACCGAGAGAACCAAGCGCUGCGCUAAAUGAAGACCGAGAUUAUUUGGAAAAGCUGCUAAAAGAUCCUGCUUUACGAAAAAUACCUGGUAUGGUGCCCGGAUGCCGAUCGCGCCAAGGAGACGCAGAUCGCCUCACAGGAUUGGCGCGUGAAGCUGUCGCUUUUUUAGACGGCAGGCAAGAAUUUUGGAGGCAGCAACGUCCAACAGCUCCGCCUUCCAGAGUUAAUAGAGCAGCAAGUAGUAGAAGCGCAGAUACCCGCCGAGCAGUAAGUGCUGCGCCAUCCGGUUCGACCCGACGCACCCCGGGUUGA